UGCGUUACAGAAUUUGUCGUUCGCGGCUUUCCGUAGAUUGUAGCAGUCGAUUCAGAAGACGGGUGUCAAACAUGGCAGGUAGAGGUGCGAAGCAGAGCCGCUCUGGCGCUGGAAAUGCUGGUCGUAAAGGUGCAACUGACCAGGAGGAGGCUGAACAGCCACUUCAAGCUGUACUGAUAGCUGACAGCUUCAAUCGCAGGUUUUUCCCCAUCACUAAAGAUCAGCCCCGCGCUCUAUUACCUUUAGCGAAUGUCUCUAUGAUUGACUACACAUUAGAAUUUCUCACUUCAACUGGAGUUCAAGAGACAUUUGUCUUCUGUUGCUGGAUGUCUAACAAAAUCAAGGAACAUCUGUUGAAUUCAAAGUGGUGCCGCCCCACUUCUCCAAACACAGUACACAUUAUCACCUCUGACCUUUACCGAUCUUUGGGUGAUGUAUUGCGAGAUGUUGAUGCCAAGGCCUUGAUCCGUUCAGAUUUUAUCUUGGUUUAUGGAGAUGUGGUGUCCAACAUUGAUGUCACCCAAGUAGUACAGGAACAUCGGCAUAGGCGCAAAUCGGACAAGAAUGUGUCAGUGAUGACCAUGAUUUUCAAAGAGUCCUCUCCUGGACAUAAGUCCCGCUGUGGUGAGGAUGAUAUUAUUGUCGCCAUGGACAGUAAAAGCAAGCGGGUUCUUCACUACCAGAAGACCCAGGGACUGAAAAAACUCCAGUUUCCCAUGAAUAUUUUCCACAGUGGGAGUGAUGAGUACGAGAUUCGACAUGAUCUCCUAGACUGUCACAUCAGCAUCUGUUCCCCACAAGUGGCUGAGCUGUUUACUGACAAUUUCGACUACCAGACCAGAAAUGACUUUGUCCGAGGGAUUCUGGUCAAUGAGGAGAUUUUGGGAAACCAGAUUCACAUGCAUGUCACUAAGGACGGCUACGGGGCUCGCGUCUCCAACAUGCUCAUGUAUGACGCAGUCUCGUCGGACAUGAUCCGUCGAUGGGUCUAUCCUUUCACCCCGGAGGCUAACUUUGCUGACCAAGAGGGCCAGCGGUGCACCCACUCCAGACACAAUGUGUACAGGGGUCCUGGGGUCAGUCUGGGUCACGGCAGUCAGAUGGAGGAAAACGUCCUGAUUGGACGAGACACCAGCAUUGGAGCCAACUGCUUUAUCUCCAAUACUGUCAUUGGGGCUAACUGUUGCAUAGGGAAUAAUGUGGUAUUGGACCGAGCCUACAUCUGGAGUGACGUCAACAUUGCCAGCAAUGUGGAGGUCCAUCAGUCAGUCAUCUGUGAUGGUGUGGAGGUGAAAGAGGGUGUCACUCUGAAGGAACAGUGUGUCCUGGCAUUCAACGUUGUGGUUGGACCUAAUAUCACCCUGUCAGAGGGGACCGUGGUGUCCAUGCAUCAUCCAGAUGAGGAGGAGGAAGAGGACGAAGAUGAGUUUUUGAGUGAUGAUGCUGAUACUGGCCAUAGUGAAAGUGUAACCAAGCAGAAGGCAUUCAACCCUGCUGAGGUUGGAACCAAGGGCAAAGGCUAUAUUUGGAAGAACCCCAGUCUGGAUGACACAGAGGAUGAUGAGCUCGCUCAGUGUUUAUGGGGGCUGGUGCUGAAUGCUGACCUGGAGAGUGACAGUGAGAGUGAGGCCAGCGAAGGCUCCCAGGAGCCAGGAAGCCGGGGCAUGUCUCCAGAGCUUGAUGACGUUAAAGUGUUUCAGGCAGAGGUUCAAGGCACUCUGCAGAGAGGGCUGGAGGAGAACAUUGGCUGUGACAAUCUUGUGUUAGAGAUCAACUCGCUCAAGUAUGCUUAUAAUAUCACCCUCAAGGAAGUCAUGCAGAUCAUCAUGAGAGUAGUGCUUGAAUUCCCCUUCUACCAGCAGGGGGCACAGUUGAGCACAGCCCAGUACAACACUUCACUCCUACCGCUUUUAAAGAAAUGGGCACCUGUCUUUAAGAACUAUGUGAAGAGGGCCCAGGAUCAUCUAGACUGUCUGGCCUCCAUGGAGGAGUUCUUUCUGGAACAUGAGGGUCACUGGGGAGCCCUGGUUAAAGUGCUGAUGAACACAUACCAGUUGGAGAUUCUGGAGGAGGACGCCAUCAUGCGCUGGUUCUCUCAGGUGGCCACAUCAGACAAGAGCAAACAGUUGCGCAAAAACCAAGGGCUACUGAAGUUCAUCCAGUGGCUGGAGGAGGCGGAGGAGUCAUCAGAGGGAGAUGAGUAAAGUGGGAACUGCAGGAGCCGACAGGAAGACGCCCCCAAAUCAAAUCAAGCCCUUACACCCUUUGACCUAGGGUGCGGCAUGGAAUUACUCCAACUUGGACAUCUGCGUGAACUCUAUUAUAUAUAUAUUUUGCAUCUGCUGCCAUAUUAUUUUGUGCCUGUGAAAAGUUGGCAUAACAAUGCUAACUCUUCUAAAUCAGGGUCCACAGUGAUUAGGGCAUCAGUGGAGCAAUUGAUUUUACCUAUAGCAUUGUUUGAUAUUCUUGUCAGCUGUUUCAUGGUUGCAAGUUAUUUAAUUGGUUGGUAAGACCACAUCUACAUACAGGUUUAAGCCUAUUUGUUAAACUGUAUUCAUAAAAGGAGAUAAACACUUAAAGAAUAUUGUAUGAUGGAACCAUUGCUUAAAAUCCCAGUAAACUCAACAUGAAAAAAAACAAAUGAUGUGAUUAUGGAAAGCCAUUUUAGUUGAACACUAUUGUUUUUAUAGCAUUGGUUUACAGGUGUCAGGAGAGGGCAAGCGGGGGUGUUUGUGUGUUUAUUAAAAGACUAAGAGGAGGGCUGGCGGUACCAGGACCUGAGGGUAAAGCCACUCGCACUAAAUGCAGGAUGUGGUAGUGGGGCGACUGGUGGGAUAUCAUACAAAGAAGGAAAUUAAACCACCAACCAGAACAACCUUGGCAAAGAACAACAGAACAAGAACAACAUCUACAAAGCCUGCCAUCAUUACAAGAUUCAGUCCAUUAAUCACCUUAGAAGGAGGCUAUGAUGAGACUCAAAAGCGGAAUGGUUAAAAAAAAAAAAUCAAAUAAAAGUUUGCCAGUGUCUUUUUAA